AUGUUUCGAACCUUGACCCUUUUCGUUACCCUUCUGCCUCUUUGCCACUGCAUUUUCGGUAUCGGUAGAAUGCAGUCAAUUGCAGUUAAGGGCAAAGUCGUAUGCCAUAACGCUCCGGCAUCAAAUGUCACUGUGAAACUCUACGAGGAGGAAAUCUUUUUCGAUACCAAGCUGGAUCAAUCACGAACGGACUCCGACGGGAAGUUCCGUCUAUCAGGAUCAAAGCGAGAGAUCACCAACAUUGAUCCAAAAGUCAACAUAUACCACAAGUGUGGAUACAAAGGGCUGUGCAUCAAAAGACUGAAGAUCUACAUCCCCGACAAAUACAUCACAAAAGGAAGUCAUCCAGACGAAACGUACGACGCAGGAACUUUGCAUCUGGAUAAGAAAGUCAAAGGUCAAAAAACUGUAUGUAAGUGA